CAAAAUGGUGAAAUAAUAAUAAAGUGCAAUAAUGUACUAAGACAACAUUUUGCCAUAAUUUUGUUGAAGUAAAUGCUGUGUUGAAUGACUGUAUGGGAUUAUUUCAAGUAUGUGUACAACAUCACCAGGAUCACUGCUAUAUUUAACCGUGGAUUUCAUAGCAAAGAAUUAUAAACAACUUUGUGACGUACGAAAAUAUGUGGAAAAUGGCGAGGAACAUUCAUAUAAGAUGGAUCAUUAUUAUAUUCCUGUGCUUGUGUUUAAGAGAGAUUGCUGUUUACCAUCAGUCGUCUGUGAAUUAUUGUUACAAAGAUUUCUUUUCCACUACAAUAGCAGCUCAUCAAUAGAUUUUUUUACACUGUUCACAAACCCAGAUCGUUGCCCCUUGAAAAAGUUUUCUUUGGCAAAUGUAUAUCACAAAUUUUUCUAUGAUCAUGACUCAAGUCUGUUCAACAUUUUGAAGAUGAUUAUAAGCUCCCAGAAUUUGCAGGAAUUGGACACUGGUCCUUUAUAUAAUCAUAUCAUUUUGGAUACAGAUUUUUCCAAGUCAAACUGUGUGACUACCCUAAAAAAGGUGACAAUUUCUGGGCACACAAGCGGGCACACCCGGGUUAGCUUCUUGUCAGCACAAGAAAAGCCGAUACGAGAUAGUUUUCUGGGAAAUUUUACUAAUUUGAAACAUCUGAGUCUUAGAGAUUGUGAAGUUAACAUAAAGGACAAUGAUGUAGAAAUAUUGGCAUCUGAAUUGAAACAUUUAGAAAGUUUAGAUUUGUCAUCUACUCUGGUGUCAACCAUACAUGCGCUCAACAAGCUUGCAAAAAGUCUCAAGGUUCUUAUUAUCCACAAUACACCACUUGUUCAGUCUAAUAUGACUGAUCUGUUCAACUUUUCAAAUUUACGUCACCUUGACAUUUCACGCAAGAUUAAUGAGGAUAAUGAUAAUAUGUCAGACUCUGAACUAAAUAAAUUUUUCACUUCAAAACAUUGCCUGACACUACUGACAUCAUUGGAUAUUUCUGGAGCUGGCAUUCUUGACAAUGAUGCUUUCCAGCAUUUUUUUGAGAAACAUAAAAGGCUCUGUUUCUUGGGUUUGCUUGGUGUUCAUCAUAGAUUAAACUCUUGCAAUGCAUUAAGAAUGGAAAAUGUGCAGGUUACUGGCGAAAGGUCCGUAGAUCAAGUACUAGCCUGCCUGUCUCAUUAUAGAAACAGACCUUCGUAUUUAACUAAAGCAUUAAAGAGAUUGUUCAAUCUUUCUUAUGAGGAUAAUUUGAAAGAAAAUGUUGAUAAACGAAGGAAUAUUAUUAAGCUGGUUCUUGAUAUCAUGCGAAAGUAUAUGAAUAUCAAUUUUGAAGAUUUACAAACAGCGGCAAGUGCCUGUCUUCAUAACUACGUCAAAUGUGAUGCAGAAAAUGGAACAAACUCACUUCAUGUCAGCUAUCUAAGUGAUAUGGUUGCAGUUGUCAUUGAAGUUUUAGAAACAUUUCCUAAGGCAGAGCAGAUACAGAGGAAUUGCUUGGUCGUAAUGUACAACAGAUAUAUUCUAAGUGGCGCUAAAUUCAAUGCAUUUCAAUUAUUCGAUCUACUUUUCAAAGCGGUGAUAUCAAUUCCUGAAGGGAAUGUAGUUGGUAUUGCACUGGAUAUGUGCGCGUACUUAUCUUCAAAGAUUUCAGUGGAGGAGACACUGAAACUUGGAACGAGACAAAAUAUUGAGAAAUUAUUGUCGAUACUAAGGACACAUGUGCAAGCGGCGAGUGCUGAACCUCUGGUGGACAAUAUACUUCUGUGUUCUUUGCGUGUACUGUGGAAUCUGACAGAUGAAGCCCCACGGACUUGCCACUUGGUGAUUCAGAAUGCUCAACAGUUGAUGGUAUUUCAAGCGUUGCAGACAUUUGAUAAAAAGAGCGACGUUUUAACAAAGCUUCUUGGUGUGAUGAACAAUUUGGCUGAGGUGGUUGCCAUUCGGCCAGCAUUGAUGUGUGAUGAAUGCGUGUCUUUGUUACGAAAAUAUCUAGACGAGAAUUAUACGAUGGAUGUGAGUUAUUUCGCUGCAGGAACACUUUGCAAUUUAUUGCUUGACCUGCCUGAACAUCUAGUAUUGAACUGUGGUACAAAAUCCGAUCUUUUACUUUGUCUGGGAAGUGCAGUCAACCGAUGGAAACAUGUCGAGACUGUUAUGGUUGGUUACAGAACUUUUAAAUCUUUUGUUCCCUUAUUAAAUUCGUCAUUUCCUGACGUCCAGCUUUGGGCAAUCUGGGCAAUUCACCAUGUUUGUUCUCAAAAAGUUGAACGGUAUAGUCAGUUGUGUUUUGAAGAAGGAAUUGUGGAUUUAUUAAGAACGCGAACAACUUCUGGGAAUCGGCCAGACGUCAAGGAGUUAGCUGUGCAAGCACUGAAUGUGAUUGAAUCAAAUGGGGAUAAAGCUUAAGCGUGUAUGAACUUUUAGUAUACAAUGUGCAUGUAAACCAUGAGUGUCAAUGUAAGGCAACUGUUUCUGAUGUCAUACAUACUUCUUAUGUGCCAUGAUAGCUAGCGCAUUUACACAACAUGAUCGUUACAUGAGUUUCCUGAACUGAUAACCAGACCUAAGUUAAAGCGGAUUCAUUAAUGAGCCCUGGUAAAUCAAACUUUCAAUGAUGUAAUUUCAAUGAUGUAAAUAGUGUAUCAUGCUAUAAUAUGAACGAAAG